UUUAUUUAUCAGCAAAUUGGUUAAAUUCACUUUUUCAUCUAUCCUAACAUUUUUUUCGAAUUUUUGAGAUGGAUAGACUUUUAAGAUUAGGAGCUUCAGGAUUGUCAGGAUUAUCGGGGGGUGGAAACUUGGGAGAUGCACCUAUGGUAGAUACUGCAGAACAAGUUUACAUAUCUUCCCUUGCACUAUUGAAAAUGCUAAAACAUGGUCGAGCUGGUGUUCCUAUGGAAGUCAUGGGCCUUAUGCUUGGCGAGUUUGUUGAUGAUUAUACAGUAUCAGUUAUUGAUGUAUUUGCAAUGCCUCAAUCUGGAACUGGAGUCAGUGUUGAAGCUGUGGACCCAGUAUUCCAAGCAAGGAUGUUGGAUAUGUUAAAGCAGACUGGAAGGCCAGAAAUGGUUGUGGGUUGGUACCAUUCUCAUCCUGGCUUUGGGUGUUGGUUAUCUGGAGUCGAUAUAAACACUCAACAAAGUUUUGAAGCUUUAUCAGACAGAGCAGUUGCCGUAGUCAUAGAUCCAAUUCAGAGUGUCAAAGGAAAGGUUGUAAUCGAUGCCUUCAGGUUGAUAAAUACCAAUAUGAUGGUUUUGGGUCACGAGCCUAGACAAACCACAUCAAAUUUUGGCCAUUUACACAAACCUUCUAUACAAGCAUUAAUUCAUGGUUUGAACCGUCAUUAUUAUAGCAUCAACAUCAAUUACAAAAAGAACGAAUUGGAGCAAAAAAUGCUCCUUAAUUUGCACAAAAUGAGUUGGAUGGACGGGCUAAGGCUUAAGGAUUAUAAAGAAGAAUGCAAAAUUAAUCAAGAUGCCUUGGAUAAAAUACUGCUUUUGGCUAAGAAUUACAAUAAGAGCCUUCAAGACGAACAAAAAAUGACACCCGAGCAAUUAGCUAUUAAGAAUGUCGGUAAACAAGAUCCUCAAAGACAUUUAGAGGAAGAAGUUAAUAAAUUGAUGGCUGAUAACAUCACGCAAAACAUUGGCGCCAUGCUACACACAUCCGUAUUUCAAUAAUAACACAUUCUAAAAUUUAUACAUCUUAAUAAAAAUUGUAAAAUAAAAUAUGUCUUUCGCUUUACCUAAAUUUUAUAUUAUAAUUGCCACACAAGUAAUUUAAAAAGAUCAA